AUGAUGUUAUCCGGUAACGGGACGGGGCCGGAUUAUUUCCGCGAUUUAUCGCUGAGCGCGGGGAUGGGGAAUCGAACACCGUCGAUGAUGCAGAACGACGUGGAUAACGCCCCUUGCGGGGGUUCUUUCUACGACAGCCUCUCCAAACACGGCGACAGCUUCCCGAUGCAAGGGGGCCCGUAUGGGAGUUUUCGAAAGGCCUUCCCGGCGACCCCCGCGAACCCCGCAGGGGGGGUGAAACGGUUCAUCAAACCCGCCGAUCCGGCGGGGCCUCGCCGUAGGGGUGAAACCAGCUCCCCAGGCGACGACGCCGCCGCGACGUUGCAGCGCUACGACAGCACGAAUAAACUCCAGCGGCAGUACUCCAUCGCCGGGCAGUUCUACCGAUUCAACAACGCGAAUUUCCCCCGCGGUGGGGGGAUGCCCGGGUUUGGCGGGAACCUCUCACGCGCCGCGAUGUGCCCGAAGCCGCAGCUUGCCUCGAACCUCAAACUCAACGCCCAGAAUGGGAGCAUUUACGGGAUGAACGUCACCUCGCUGAACGCGCAGGCCUUCGGGCAGCGCCGCCUCGGGAGCGAUCCGAAACGGCGAUCCUUCCACAGCAUCGGCGAGGGCACCUCGCAGACCUCACCGUCGGCGGGAAGUCUCCCGUUGGAGCGGAAAGACAGCCAAAAACGGGUUGGGAUGUAUUUUAAAAAGGUGAACCACGAGCGAGAUGGGAUGGAAUACCGCAAGGAAGGGGAGACCACCGAGUCCACGCGGAAUCCGGACUACAAGUCCGACGGCUCCUCCCAGGUGUGUUAUGUGAAGCCGAUUUUGCUCUACGAGGCGGAAGUGAGCCCGCGGGGGGGAGGGGGGGAGAGCAGCGUGGAGAUUGACGGCUGCACGGUGCGCUACUCGAAGGCCCCACAGGAAGAGAUUCACAAGUACGACAUGUCCGACGUCGUCUGCGUGAAGAUCGCGAGUGAUGUGGAGGUGCAGAGCGACUCGUUGGAUGAGAUUCGCGAGCAUUUUUUGUGUGGGAGCAACGUGAGUAUGAUUAUGGCCGAUAUGGACGGCGCGGCGACCAACCCCCAGACGUGGUUUUCAUGGUUAGCGCUGAAAUACGUCGUGAAGGAGACCUUUGCGCGGUUGGAUAGCCAUUCGGAGUUCACGAUGUCGGCGUGUUUGCUUCAAGACGAUCAGGUGAUGGAUCUUUUCGGCGAUGGCAACCUCCAAUUUGAACCGCUGAAAGUCGCGGAAAGCCCGUAUUUCGGCAACGUCGCGCACGGCCUCACCUACAUCGCCAUCGACAGCGCCAAGAGCUUUAACCAGUCCCUCAGCCGAUGCCUCGCCGCUGCCGGUAAGCAGAUGGAAAGGAACAAGGAUGAGGAGCAAGGGAUCAUCUUAAUCACCUCCCUGCUGAAGCAAAUCCGCACCUCAAAGAGCGGGAAUAAGGAUGUGUGGAUCUCUUCUAUCUUCUCGACCGGCGUCGGGGAUGGGAUUAUUCAUUACAACCGGAUUCUCGAUAAGAACCCUGCCGAGCCGCGCGCGGUUUUUUACGCGGCGCUGCACCGCUCGGUGUACAGCACCGCAAUCUUUUCGUUGCGCGAGCGUAGCCAAGGGUUAUAUCAAUGCCUCUCCACCCUCCAGCGCUUCAGUAAGGUGGAAACGCGUAAACCAAAAGUGAAUAGCGUCUCUAUGUUCAUCCAUUUCGCCGAAAUGACUAUUGCAAAGAUGAAGGAGGAUAUGCAAGCGGCCCAAAAUACGCCUCGCUACCCGAUGAUCGUGAAGUUUCUAGAGAAGAUGGAGAUCAUGCUUGCGGAUUCAAGGGAGAUGCUGGAGUCCCCUGAAAGCUGCAUUCCGAAGACGUAUAUGUAG